CCUUAUUUCAACUCAAUCGACAACAGCAAUACGAUCAGAGGUUUCAAUUCAUGAAAUCAAACAACAUGGCCGAUUAUGCCAAGGAUCCUGAUACUGAUACAGAGGGGGAAGAAAUGGAAAUCUUAGCAGAAGACGAGCCUCCAAUGAACUCAGCUACCAUCCUCAAGUAUCACCAAAUGUUCCAAGAGCUUCUGAUCAAAGAAGGAAGCGCAGAAGUUCAGAAAAACCAAGUGCUAGAUUGCAAGGCCGCUGCUCAGGAGCGGCAGAAGCAUAUUGCCUCAGGGUGGGCAAUCUAUGAAAGAGUGACAGCAGGGCUACAGGACACGAACACCAAGGCACAUGAGCUGAUAGUACAGCUCAACAAGAUCCUGAAGCAGGACAGUUUCAGCAGUUUUGUUGUUCAAGAAAUUGACAUCAACUUGGAGGGGCAGGGUAAAUGUACGAGGCUCAACGCAGGAACCAAUCACAAGCGAGUCCGAAGUGUCUCCCUCCGGUACAUCAACGUCCACAACCAUCUCCUCGAUGUCCCGACCAGCAAAGAGCACGACAACUCCCGAACAUUCAGAUCUCGCAGCGAGGAGAUUGUUACCGAAGCAUGCGAACGCGGAAGAAGCUUGCAACGCGCUGGAGUCACAGAACCCUGGAUUGAGGUGGGGUAUGCCAGCGAUGUCAUGUCGGAAAGAAGCUCUGGGACGACAAGACGAACGCGCAGCAGCUUGAUCUCGACGAUUGAAGGUUCUGUAGACCUUCCAAGCGGACCUGAUACUUCCGGCACAUUCGAAGAAGAAGCUCCAAAGUCUGCGGGCGCGGAUGAGGUGGGUUUCUUGAACUUCUCCAAGCUGGAGGUUGGCGAGGCUGUCGCUGAAUCCUCGGCUAGACUUUCCUCGACCUUGGAUUCCAACACCGCUAACAUCACCUCUUCGCAGGCUGUCUAUAUCCACGGAUCUUCCAAACGAAUUCGCCAGGAGGACGUGCCGAAGGUGUCCGAGAAGGAGGAGGACAAGUUGGGAUUAUCAACCUCUCAAGAAAUUGAACUCGACGCGUUCCCCACUGAAGUAAGAGACGAACGAUCUUGGAUUGCCAGCAAAGCCGAGCCAAAACCGCGAAAAUCAAGAUGGGCCUUUGGAGAGCGAUAUAAGGAUCCCAACCUAAACUGCCUUCCUGAUUAUGGGCCGUCAGCUCGUUUGCCAGCAACUCCGCAAGAAGCCGAGGCUAUCAUGCCUCGUUAUAUUCAUAGUGGCGGCCCGAAGCCAAUAAACAGACUUGUAAAUCACGCUGCACUUCCUCAAACAAAGCAGCCAAGACCUGUCUCACAGAAGGCAAAGGCGUUCGAUCUCACAGGGGAUGCAAAAAGUAGCCGCCUAGAAUAUGGAUAUCCGGCUAAAAGACAGCGACUUGACAAUGGAUCGUCCAACCGGCCAAUCGAUGUGGAUAAUACGUCACCUCAGAAUACCAGACAGAGUGUGCCCUCGUCAACAUGGUCUGGACACAGCCGUAGCCGAGAUGGGCAAGAGGCAAAUACAUACCAUGGGGCGUACGAAAGCGUACGGGAACAUCGAAAAGUGGAAGAGACUGUGAGGCCCCCCAAAAAGCAACGCAAACGAAACGGCAGUGCUACAGACAAGAGACUUGCGCUCAUCAAUGGGCAUCAGCGCUUUGAUCCGGAGAGCUUCGAUCAAAUCGCAAAAGAAGACCAGAACGAUCUCAUUUCCGAUGACGACGCCGGUGAAGAUUGGAAGAUUGUCGGACCCAAACAGCCCAUUAAGUCCAACACGAGGCUGGAGAUUCAAAUCCAAGGUUCAGAAGGAUCUUCCCAUGGAAGGCCACGAGGGCAGAAAGGAUAUGCGACAAGUACAAACCCAAAAAGCUCGUCACUUGAGACAGCACAAGCAUCACGGUUUUUUCGAAAGGAGGAUCCUAGUCUUUUAUCGCAAGACGACCAAGAUGAAUUAUCUACUGAUCAGUACGGAAAUGCGGAGCAUGUGAACAUCGCCCAGAGACUGUUAAGGAAAGGCCAGCCUGCCAAAUCAGGAGACAGAGAAAGUCACGGCAUAGCUAUCAACGUAGGGGACUCAAGCGAAGACGAGAUUUCCACCAAGAAGAAUGACAUAACUCCUGGCAAGUAUGGUCCUUCCAGAACAAAGUCCAAAAAGCCCGAGGCAGAGGAUUCCUACAUUAUCCAUCAAGUCUUUUCCGAAGUCAAGAAAUGGCUACUUCAAGGACAGCUAGAACGCUGGAUCCUGGUUCACGACAAAAGCGCCGGACUCUUGACCUUUUAUAAUCGAUCCGAUGAUCAGGUUCUCCAAUUUCGUACUAAGGACGUCGAGAAAAUCGAAAUUGCCGAUAGGCAUAAUAAGAUGGUCUUCCAUAAAUCUAGAAACCAUACAGCUGCUUUUUCAACGCAUAUUUACGUUGAGUUCACGUCUUCCGACGAAUGCGAGCAAUUGUUUGAAAAUUUAAAAAUUAAAGACGUGACUAUUGGCAGGCUCUCUAAAGACCGUGACUAUCUCGACAAAGUCUUCAGAAACUUGGCCCAGAAACCCAUUCAAGCCAAAAGACAAACACCCAUUGCACAGCAGGAGCCAGAUGACAUUCGCUUGGUGAAAGCCAGAGCCGAGAAGAAGCUAUUCGGUGGAAAAUGGGUUGAGGGCAAUAAAACCAGUCGCAAUGUCAAAGAUGGAAACCAGAAAAGUGGUCCUUUGGAACGAGGAACCCGAUCGAAAGGUCUUGCAAAAGACAUGAGAGGUCGUUCCCCAAGUCAUGGCCUCCUUGAGAUUGAAGAAUCGCGACGAGAUUCCAAUGCUAAAGCUCUCCAAUCAGGGGAGUUCUAUGGCAAUUCUAGUAAUGCUAGAGCCAAUGGAGCAGAUGCCCAUGGAACUCGCUCCUCCGGAAGACUGGCCAAAGUUGAUAGCACUCCUGCCUUUCGCCAAUCCCCACGUCAGCGACCGCGAUCACCGACCCCAGAACCAGCACGAUGGACUGCUAAUAACCCAGAAUGGGUGAAGGAUGUAGGAUGGCAGAGCUCCUUGAUUUACCCUCCGAAUGGGAAAGAUAAAGCCACUGUGGAUAUGCAGGAUGUUGCGCGACUAGAUGAAGGAGAAUUCCUGAACGAUAACUUGAUCCUCUUCUACCUUCGUUGGCUGGAAGAACGCCUUGUAAAGGACAACCCUGAGGCGGCUAGCCGUAUUUACUUUCACAACACCUUUUUCUACACGAGAUUGACCAAGCACGGCAAGGGCAAAUCCGGUGGAAUCAACUACGAGGCUGUCGAACGCUGGACUGCGAAAAUUGAUCUACUUCAGUACGAUUACAUCGUUGUUCCUGUAAAUGAAACAGUGCACUGGUAUGUUGCCAUAAUUUGCAACGCUCCCAAGCUCCUCAAGCAGCCGCUGGAGGAGACGGCACAAUUGGACGUAGAGAAUGGAGUUGUGCAAGAGGACCCGAACACAGUCGAAUCUGGCUCCAACCCUACAAUAUCACCACCGAAAUCGCCUGCCAAGACUAUCCCCGACGAUGUCAGUAUGGAACUGAAGGAAAUGACUCUUGAGGAUCACAGUGGUGUAAUGUCUAUUGUUGAUGGACUCCAGUCUCUUGCGGCCAUACCUGUAGCCUCCGAAGUGCAGAAAGACAUAGAGCCCCGAGAUCCGGACUCGCAACCUUUGACUGUGUCAUCAGAUAUAGGUGGCGAGAAACCGGUUCAGGCAGUUCAAUCCAAGAAAAGCAAACGAAAGUCGGCUCCUCCACCACGAAAGUAUGACCCCAAAGAACCGCGCAUUAUAACGCUCGAUUCUCUGGGACUUUCGCAUUCUCCAACCUGCGCCAAUCUGAAAAAAUACUUGAUGCAGGAGAUCAAAGCAAAGAAAAACAUCGAGAUCGAGGAGCCUAGAAAUCUCGGUAUGACAGCCAAAAAUAUCCCUCAGCAGGACAAUCACUGCGACUGUGGCCCGUUUCUCCUUACUUAUAUUGAGGAAUUCCUGAAGAGGCCCGAUGGGUUCGUCCAUGACAUUCUGCAACAGAAUGAGCAAGAUUUCAGCAGGUGGCGAUCAGCAUCAGAUAUGAGAAGACACAUUCGCGAACAGCUCUUUGAACUUCAGAAAGAGCAAGUUCGAGAAGCAGUGGCAUUAAAGAAGGAGAAAGCCAAGAGCAAGCAGGCGGCUAAAGCUGGAACACCGGCAUCUGGUUCGACUUCCAAAUCAGCAUCACGCGAGGCAUCCAAAAGCGCUCGAAAUUCCGCUAGCCCAGAGAAAGCUCAACCCUUACCAGAAGUUAUUGAUCAAGUACCAGCGGAGAAGGCCGACUUGGCUGCUAACGAGUCGACAGAAACACCGGCAAAGGUCACUCCCGAACAUGAGUUGUCUAAGUCUACUUUGGUUGAGCCGCGCUUCGAUCACACUAGGCAGAAUUCCGUUCGAGGAAAUGUUUUGCUAAGAACAAUAUCGAGGGUCACAUCGGCUUUGUUAACAUACAGCCAUGUCGAAGAGAAGGAAGAUCUGGCACGGGAAUCUCUCGAGUUGAAAACAUCCUCAUCUCAGCCAAUUGUCAUAGACGAUUCCCAAAAUUUUGAUGAUGAACUGAAAGAUGCAACCGUUGCACCCAAGAAAGUUAAGGAUCGACGAUCUUCUGGAGGCGCAAACGCCCGAGAUUCGAAAUCUUCAACUCUUCACAGUCCCGUUGGGACACCCAAGCUUCUUAGACAAGCAUCUACAGACAAGAUAUAUGUUAACCGCCACCCUCUGCCAGACAGCAGCCAAGAGGAGGAACCAGCUCAACAGCAGUCACCCCGUACUCGAGGAAGAGUUACCAAGACCUCAAAGCAUCACGAGACUGGAAAGAUAAAAGCUGGGAGUCGUGUCGAGUCUCAUCAGGCUACCGAGGAUGAUCAACAAAAUCAAGAAUGGAAUGGCGUCGGUGCCAACCUGGACGAAAGCCUUGGAUCUGUCCACCUCCUCGAUUCACCCGAACGACAUCCAUACAAUGAGGACAGUAGGCAACAGAAAGAGGACGAUGAAAUGUUCCUUAAAGAUGCGCCAUCGCGAGCAGCGUCGCCGCCAGAUGUCUCAUAUCUAUCGUCGUCUUCGCCUACAGAGGUUGUUCACCAGUCCUCCUUGCCGGGUAGAAGCCGGUCUCAGGGCAAGGAAACAUCGGUUUCUCCUCGAAGUGUUAAGAGACCGUCGAGCCAUGUGGCCGAAAAUGGGUCAAGAUCUGCUAAAAGAAUGAGGAAGACUGAUGUGGUAGAUUUGGUUGGAGAUCAUCAUCCCCCAGAAGCCUUGCAUAGAGAUGCAGCUGAUGCUGCUAUGCUUCAGGCACACGCUGGUAGACGUAGACGACUCACCGAGUGAUUCGACGAAGAAUGUCUUUCUCUUCGGCCCCUUUCUCGAAGGACCCUUACUUGGUCGUGUGUCCUGCAGCGAGUUGGCAACUCAAGAGUUUGGUAUCAAAAUUCUUACUUGUCACAUUUCUUCGAAGCACGACACAUUUCAUUUGAUAUAGCACAUGAUUUCAUUUCAUUGCUUUUAGCAUAGCACUGGCGUUUCGGACCUUAUAUGGUCUGUUUGUACUUAGAUGGCGCGCUUUUUGCUGAGGAUACCAAUUCGUUUAAUGAGAAGCGGGUAAACGGCGUUUGGCUGGGUGAUUCCCUAUGCACAAGGACGUGGGUAUGGGAGUGAUGUGGCAUUGGGCUGAAAGUGUGACGGAUGGAUGGCAUACGUCCGCAUAAAUCCUACCUUACAGAUGGCUACAUAAAUCUGCAAUCACGCACGUAAACGCGAGACUCUAAUCAAGUUACGAUGUGAUUUAGGGUGUUUGCUCAAGUGGCAUUGUGACGUCCACCAUCCACUUCCUUAGGUAUGAUGACAUGAGAGAAUCGACGUUUAUCCAUCACCCUGGGAGCAAGCGUAAAGCUAUACAGUUGAGCCCAUCUUGUGAAAACGCUGUAACCGAAUAGAGCAGAUCCAGGUUGUCGAGACAGUCAGCGAAACUGAUUUCGCUUCCCUCUCUUUUCAAAGUCAAAGCGGAAGGUUCCAUUCUUCCCAAACCAUAAAACCCGCUAAAAUGGCGGUGACACAGCGGAACGGCGCAGAUUUGAGGAGCCGAGGUGAGAUCAUCUCAUAGUUCAAACGGCCAUACGAAGACAUCAAGGAAGAAGAGAAAGAAGAUCUGAUUUGAUCUGAUCAUCUUCGAUCUCGAGAGUCAAAACUCAGGGGGCGUGCAUGCCGUGGCUGGCGGCGGAAACGGCGUGUCCCGGGCCUCCCACGGUCAAAAUAUCUCGUAUGGAGGGAGACAGGCAUCCAGUCGAAGACAUGGAUGGUGGAAGUGAAAGAACGGGACCCAUCGGUCUCUUGUUGUUCCUCCUUCUCCUCCUCCCAUGUUUCCUCCCUCCAUCCUCGUCUCCUCCCCCCAUCUCCUCCCCAGCCCAAAGAUCUGAACUGAAAAAAUGAAGCUUUCUUGUCACAGGCUGGGCACUCCUGGGCAUGGCACGUUUGGGACUAGUCAGGCACAGGAGCACUGAACACACAUGGAUCGCGAGAUGCACACGAACCAAUGCGAUGGGUGAGAGCCCACAUACGCCAUGCCAUCCAUGCCCAUCCAUGUCCCCGGAAUGUCUUCACUAAGUUCACUUUCACUCACAGUCUCAUACGGGCAUGCUUCAACUCACGUCACCUGCCCCUCCCUUCUUCUUCGCUUUCCCUCCUGCUCGUCUCAUCCGAAAACAACGGUCGCCAAGGACCCAUGUCUCUAUGUCAUCAUUGCCAUUCUCUCCCGACCGAUCAUUCAUGCGAUCCCCAUAACCACGCUGGAAGUACGAAAACUCUAAAAGACAAGAAGAUAAUAAAUAAAUCUCUCAUCAUUAUUAAGCUCGGUACCUACCUAAGUAGGUAAGUAUUGAGUUUUUUUCAGCAAUGCUGCACAGGGCCACAUGGCUUCGUUUAUCCCGUAUUCGGUAUGACCCCGACCACCCGCCAAACCUUACUUGACCGCAGGCCACUACAGUACUGUACUGGAGCCCCGUGGAAAAUGUAUCAUUACCAGUAAGUUAUUCCGUAGCUUGGGGACGAUCCAUCCAGCUCUGCACUACAGGGGCGGCUUGGGG